GAUUUUUUCAAAAAAAAAUAUUUUCUUCUUCAAUUAAAAUGCAAUUAAAAAUCCUUUCCCCUUCUAUAUAUCACCAAUUAGUCCCAAAUUCAACUAGACCAAUUUGGCAUCAAUGGCAUAUUAAUAAUGAAGACAAAAAUAAUAAAGAAAAUUUGGAAGAAAAUAAUGAGAAUUUUAAUAUUAAUAAACGUUCUUCGACUGCUAGAAGACGUUUAUUUUUUGAAGAAGGAGGAGGGGGAGGGGAAGAAAAUAAAGAAAUAAAUAAACAAUUUGUCCAAAAUUGGUUAAAUGAAUUGUCUGAACAUUAUAAACAAAAAUGGGGAUUUGAUUUUGAGGAAUGUAAACCUUUGGAAAAAAGUCGUUUUGAAUUUGAACGGGUACCUGCUGAUCAAGUACCUGGAUUUUAUAGAACAACAAAAAUAUUAAAAUAUAAAAAUAAUGAGGGGAAAGAAUGUUUUAGAAGCAAAAACAAAUCAGAAUUAAAUAAUUGUUGUUCUGAAAAUAAUUCUGGUGAAUUAACAACAACAUGUUUAGCCAACUCACCAAUUCGUUCAACUCUCCGGAAACCUCCAUUUCAUCUCAAUUCUGUCCGAACACCUACUAGACGCCGACUUUCUCUUAAUAUUUCCAAUAACAACAAUUCUUGUUCUUCUAGUGAAAAACAAACAAAAAUAACUGAUUUUGUGAGUGUUCGAAAAUCUUUUUCUCCUCCAGAUUCUCUUAAAUUUGGAAAAAUGGGAGAAGAAAAUGACAAACAAAAUGGAAAAUUAUUGGAAUCUCCCAAAAAACGACGUUUAAAUUCAAAAACAGAAAAAGGCAAAAAAUUUGUUAAAAUUGAUUUGAAUGAGGGUAUUGCGACUCGUCGAAGCUUGCGACUUCGACACUUAUAUGCUCAAAAUACUACAAUAUAA